AUGACCGAUAUCAAGAAGUUCGCGCUCGGCGACUUUAAGCUCCAGAACGGCGAAACCUUGUCCGGAGCAUGGCUCGCCUACAAAACGUUCGGCGACCCUGCACUCCCGGCCGUCGUCUACCCGACGUGGUUCUCCGGUGCCAUCGCGGACAAUGAGUGGCUGGUUGGAGACGACAAGACCCUCAACCCGUCAAAGUACUUCAUCGUCAUCCCUGCGCUCUUCGGCAACGGAGAGUCCAUCAGCCCGUCCAACUCGGACGUCAACCCGUUCCCCGAUGUCUCCUUCUACGACAACGUGCGUGCCCAAUACCAGUUGGUGACCAAGGAGCUCAAGAUCAAGCACCUGAGGGCAGUUCUGGGGUGGUCGAUGGGCGCGGCCCAGUCGUUCCAGUGGGCGACGCAGUAUCCCGACUUCAUGGACAUCUGCGUCCCUUUCUGCGGCGCCGCCAAGUGCGCUCUGCACAACCAAGUCUUUCUGGAAGGCGUCAAGUCGGCGCUCCUCGCUGCGAAGAAGAUCAGCUCGGCAGGGAGCACCAAGGGGCGAGCCACGGCGGCCGAAGACAAGUCCGUCCGAGUCUGGACCGACGAGGAGAAGCAGGUCGGCCUGAAGGCCUUUGGUCGCGGGUAUGCCGGCUGGGGCUUCUCCCAGGCCUUCUACCGACACGAGGUCUACAAGGAGCACUACCAGGCCAAGGACCUCGAGGAUUUCAUGCAGAACUUCUGGGAGAAGUGGGCUCUGAGCAAGGACCCCGAGAACCUCCUCGUCAUGCUCCACACGUGGCAGGACGCCGACGUGAGCAAGCAGGAGCCGUAUAAUGGCGACUUCAAGAAGGCCAUGGCGAGCAUCAAGGCCAAAACCUUGGUGUUGCCGUCCAAGACUGACCUCUACUUCCCGCCCGAGGAUUCCGAAAUUGAGGUCGACUGUAUGAGCGAGGGUGUCGGUGAACUGGCCGUCUUCCCGUCCAUCUGGGGACACUGGGCCGGAGGUCCGCCGGGCAACUUUGACGAUGUCAAGUGGCUGGACGACAAGCUAAAGGGGAUCUUCUCAGCUGCACCCCACAGAGAUGCCAAAGAGUUACCAAUUCGCUGA